CUAAUGUUUACAUCUACCAAGGCCCUGAAAUGUAAAAAAUUGGUGAAAUUAAUGGUCGUGUUUACAGUCUUUAUCAGUACCAAUUUUGUGGUUCAGUUUAUCAUUUUAUCUUAAUCAGAAGCCUUUUCUGAACCUAAUUACUUACUCGAUGUUUGGUGUGUAUUAAAGGUCAUCCACAUUAAUUUUAUUUCAAAACAGUUACACAUCUAGAUGAGUAUUAUUUAUAAAUAUACCUGUUAAUUAAAUUGCUGCAUUUCAAUUUUACUUUCAAUUUGUUUCAUUCAAAUAACUCUUGAUUAAAGAACUUCUCUAGUGUUGAACAUUUUCCUGCUGAAACUUCUUAUCAAAGCAAAGCAGCAACAAAAAACAUCUACACCAACCUCAUCAACAUCAUCUUAUUUAUAUCAUCAUUCUACCUAAAACCUGGUUUUAUAUCUUUAUCUUGAUUAAUCUUCUUUAGUGACAAAAUAAGCAUAACGCUUUCUUCAUCAUCUUAGUCACCCACUCUGUCCUGUCUUCCUCAAAGAGAAAUCCAUUGUGCAUUUUAAACAUUGGUUUGAAUCUAAUGAACACAAUUGGCUUUUUAUAUCUUUAUGGUUAUCUCUAAUCAAGUUUUCCAUGUCUUUGUUUACUGUUUAUAAUGAGUGGCCUCAAUAUUUAAACCUAUUCACAUUCCAAUUCCAUUUACCGCAUUAACCGAUAUUUUGAAGAUAAUUUGCCGCAAAUAUUCCAUCAUACCAUCUUUUUGAACACAAAUUGAUAUAUUCCUCACCACAAAUUAACCAGUCACACAAACAAGCUCUCGAAUCAAAGUAAAGAUUUGUAUGCUUGGUUGGUAUAUUUUAUAAUAAUUAUUUUGUUUCACUUCGUGAUGAUACUUCGAUGGGUAACCUCCUGGAUCGAUCGAGAGAUGAUGAAAUAGAAGAGGAAUCCGUUGACCAGCUCUCUAAUCAUUAUGGACAUCAUGGGUAUUUAUAUCCACCAAGGUCUGGUUGCUAUUUUGCAGGACAUUUCAUCAUGGGUGGUGAAAAAUUUGAAACAGGUCAACCCGAAGCAUAUCUAUUCGGAGACAAUAUGGACCUCAAUUUCUUAGGACCUAAGCCCAUACCCUUUCCUUACUUGGCUCCAUUACCAGAUGAACCCACCAGAUCUCUUCGUGCUUUAAUCAACAUUCGUAAAGAGACACUUCGCUUAAUUAAAAUACCGUGUACUAACAGUGACUUUGUAAACCAAAGCUCUUCUAUCUCUAAAAGCACUUCUGGCAAACUAACCAAUCAGUUAGCCAAUGACAAUGAAUGCAUUAAUAAUCUACCUAACCAUCAUGAGUUAAAGGAAUUACCUUCUUCAUCGUCUUCAACCGUCGCUGUACCUACAACCUCAUCAUCACAAGAGUCGUCAACCUCAUCUCCAUCAUCUUCAUCCUCAUUAAACUCAUCAACUCCAGCUCAAACCCAAACAAAUCUACUACAUGAAACCAAUCAAUUACUCGUCUCAUCAUCAUCUUCAUCUUCAUCAUCAAAUGGCCCGUUGUACACAAUCGAAUUCACUUUUGAUUCAGAUGUGAAGUGUUCAAUUACCAUUUAUUAUCUUUCUGUCGAAGAAACAACUCCAUCUGGUAUUACCUACAUACCGCGCGAUCCUGGUUAUAAAACUGAAACCUUCCAUUAUCCCAAAGGUGCAAGUCAAAUUUUUUCACAACCAUCAUUAAUUUUCAACCCAUCAGCAUUUAAUGAAGAUGAUCUUUUAUACCGUGCCAUUGAUGAAUAUGGUAAUUUUGAUCCAACUGUACCCUUCCCUAUUGUUAUACAAGUGACAGCUGAAGAGGGCUCCGAACCAAGACAAUCUCAUUCACUGAUCGCAACCGUUGAAAGGAACAACGAGAAAAUGUUUUACAUUAAACCUUUCAAGCAGAAAAUAAUUAUCGAUGGGCUUGCAUAUUUGAUUCAAGAAGUGUAUGGAAUCGAAAAUAAGAACACUGUUCGAUCUUCUUUUGGUAAACCUUACUAUUCUUCAGACGAAGAGAUCGAAGACAAUGGAUCUGAGUGUGUUAUUUGUAUGUCUGAAUCCCGUGACACACUCAUAUUGCCUUGCCGACAUUUGUGCCUCUGUAAUGCUUGUGCUGACUCACUUCGCUAUCAAGCCAAUAAUUGUCCCAUUUGUCGCUCACCAUUUAGAGCCUUGCUACAAUUUCGAGCUGUUCGUAAGAUAUUGAAUAAUGGUCAAGCUAUCACCACGAAAAGUUCAUCCAAUGUGACUCAACCAGUAGAACCUUUAAAUACCUCAUCAUCAUCUAAACGUCGUCUUUCAUCCUCCUCUGAAUCAAGGAAUAGUCAUCCAACAUCCACAGCACGUCCUGUUACUACAACAACAGCAGUUGACAGCACUGAUGCAAAAAGUGAUACUCCACCAGGUUAUGAGGCAAUAUCUUUAAUUGAAGCUCUCAAUGGUCCUCCAUCGAUGCCAUCAUCAUCAUCUCGUCCCGGUGAUUAUGGUUUAUAUGGUUACCAGGGCAGCUUCGAUGACGAGAAUGUCGCACCAUUAGCUUCAAUUGAAGCUACCACUAAAUCUAUUAGUGGUAGCAGCCAAUCAAUGGUUGUAAUCAAAGAUCGAGAUACUCUUCGCCACUUGAAAGAAUCUAUAAGCAACAGUAAAAAUUCGCGGCACGCGAAAUCAUCAUCAUCUUCAUUAUCGGAAAUUCGCUAUCCAAUUCCUUCCUCUUCAUCAUCUAGUCCUAGAAUGGGUUCUCGUUCCAAGUCAAUAUCCAAAUCAAAAUUAGCAAUGGUUAAUAGUGUCAUUGAAAGGGGAGGAAAAAAUUAUAGAAGUUCUGAAUCACUUACUCUAUGGUCUCAACAGGAUUCACCUGAAAGUGGAUCCGAGGAUCAAGAAAAAGUAAAACUCCUUGAUCAAGAAAAUUCUCAUCAAAGUCAUCCAAGGCAAAAACAAACAACAUCAAGUGAAACAAGAUCCGUUUACAUUGAACCAAUAAGAUCUCGUAAGGCACUUAGGAAAAGAGGAAGUCUUUAUGAUGAUUCGGAAUUAAAGGCAUUAAAUUCAUCAUCUCACAACUCAUCGAAUAAUCAAUUGGAAAUGGAUUCAAUUGAAGCGCUAGAUAUAAAUUCAAUCAACUUAUCGGCAACAUCUUAUCCCGAUCUUUUUUUAAGAGAUGGUUUCGAUGAGCAGCGAUUUAUGGAUGAGACAGACAUGUUAAGCGUUUCUACAAAUGACUCGGUUCCUAAUGAAUUUACGUCAAAAUAAGUUGUGGUCAUCAUAUUAAUGAUAUUAUUUUUAUUAUUUUACUUCCUUCCAUUCAUUUAUUCAUUCAAUCUUUUUUUGAAAUCUUUCUCUUUGAUUUUUGUUGAUUUUACAAAUUUCUUGAAAAAAAUGCUUUUUAAGUAUCAAUUAUAUAGAAAGACGAAAAAAAAAUCAAAUGAAAGAUACCACCAAAAAAGAAUUCAUUUUGUGGUAAAAUCGAAAUCCAAUAUAAACCAGAAGUGUUGCUUGUGCCAUUGUUUGCUUCUUUUAUUAUUAUUGUUAUUAUAAUUAUUAUUAUUAUUA